AUGGCAAAAACAGGAAAGGGUCAGAGGUUUGUAAUUUCCUCUUUCAUUUUCAUUGCAUUUCUAUGCACUAUAGCUUCCAUAAAUGAAAUCCGAUUCGACCAUUUAUUAAGAUUCAGCAAAUGUGCAUUGUCUUAUGCUUCUAAUAAUUCAUCUAUGGAGGACCCUCCUCUCUCCAUAAAGUCUUCAAAAGACGAGAUUCGUGUCCUUAUCGGGAUUCUAACACUCCCAGACCAAUACCAGCGCCGCCACUUCCUCCGCCUUGUUUAUGGGACCCAGACAGUAGAGAGAGGUAAAGUUGAUGUAAAAUUUGUGUUCUGCAAUCUCACAAAAGAAGACCAGACAGUUCUGGUAGCGCUUGAGAUUAUGCGAUAUGAUGACAUUAUCAUCAUGAAUUGUACAGAGAAUAUGAACAAAGGCAAGACUUAUACUUAUUUCUCAAGCUUGCCAGAUAUGUUUAAUAACGAGUCUGGCGGAUCCUACCCACCGUACCAUUAUGUGAUGAAAGGUGACGAUGAUACUUUUUUCCGGCUGGAUAACUUGGUCGAGUCCUUGAGGCCACUACCAAGAGAUGAUUUGUAUUAUGGGUAUACGAUCCCAUGCAGCCAUAUGGAUCCUAAAAACCACUACAUGUCAGGAAUGGGAUACUUGGUAUCAUGGGACAUAGUCGAGUGGGUAAGCAAAUCAGAUAUCCCAAAAAAACAUCUAGAAGGGCCUGAAGAUAGAGUUUUUGGAGAUUGGUUGCAAGAGGGCAAAAGAGGAAAUAAUCGACACAACGCCAAGUGGUCUAUGUAUAACUACCCAGAACCGCCCACAGGAUGUACACAUGAACUUUGGCCAAAUACCGUGGCAGUUCACCUUCUGAAGACACAAGAGAAAUGGAUUCAGACAUUAAAGUACUUCAAUGCUACCCAAGAUCUGAAACCUUCCAAGCUGUACCAUAUACCUUAGAGAUAGAUACAUUACUCGAUACCUUAACCAUUUUUGCUUCAUUAUUAAAAUCAA